AUGGCAAUGCAGAGAAGACUGGCAACAAUAGACAAAUUAACUAAAUGGGGAAUCCAUGUAGAUCAAUCUUGUACACUAUGUGGGAGAGAUAUUGAAGAGACACAUGAUCAUUUGUUCUUUGAGUGUUCAUAUUCUCAGACUCUUUGGAAUAGAAUGCUAAGAUGGUUAGAAUAUCACAGAUCACCUGGCAGCUGGGAUGUAGAAGUGCAGUGGCUAACUGCAAAUGUUAACAACAGAAGUCCAAAGAAAACUUUGUUGGGAGUGGUAUUUGCUGCAGUGGUAUACAAUAUAUGGAUGGAGAGAAAUAAAAGGAGAUUUCAACAACAGAAAAGAGAGGUUAAAGAUAGAGCCAAAGACAUUGUUAUUCAAGUGCAUAUUGCUGGACAAAAGAAGCUCAAGUGGUUACCUAUUCUGGAGUCUUUAAAUAACUAUUCUGAUAGUGUUAUGAAUUAG